AUGGAUAAGAAUCUCCAGCCGCUGGAAUCGAGACCGAGUGUGCUAGAAAGUGACAAAGUGGAACUCUGGAAGUCCGCCACGAUGCCUCUGUCCUUACUGAGCACAUUGUGUGUUUGUGUGCUCUGUAUUCUGCAAGUCAUCCUCCAGACCCCUCACCAGCAGAGGCCCUUCCCCCGCGCUGGAGCCUCUCGCUGGGACACAUCACUGGAGCGAUCUCUGCGCCUGGUGUUUGGUGUCAUCAAAAUGCAGAUGUUUUGGGAGCGCAGCAGUGGAAGAAGCCUCCUCCUCGGGCUCAUCAUGAUCCGUGUCACUGAUGGCUGCAGCCUCAUUGACUUCAGUGGGACGCCACGGUGCCCGGCCCCCCGUGGCCCGCCCCCAUCCGUCACACAUCAGGCUUCCAGAGGCCACGGAAAUGCCUGCACGCCGCUGAGAGCUGCUGCCACCUCCUCUCUGCUCCUCUUCUGCCCGCCUCCUCUGGCUCCUCUUCUGCCCACCUCCUCUGGCUCCUCUUCUGCCCGCCUCCUCUGGCUCCUCUUCUGCCCACCUUCUCUGGCUCCUCUUCUAGCCACCUCCUCUGGCCCCUCUUCUGCCCACCUCCUCUGGCUCCUCUUCUAG